GCGCGCGGAGGAGGAGGAGGAGGAGGAGGAAGAUGUCGGGGCUGCGGCUGGAGCUGGGCCCCGUCAAGGAACCGCUGGGGCUGGUGCGGGGCCUCCAGUGGUUUUUCUCCAUUUUCGCCUUCGCCACCUGCGGGGGUUACAGCGGGGCCGUCUCCUUCUGGAUCAGUUGCCAUGGCCAACCCAACGCCACCGUCACCGCCCCCUUCGCCUACCCCUUCCGGUUGAACCAAGCCACCUUCAUGCCCUCGCUGACCAACCUGUGCAACAAGACGUGGCCGAUGGACGUCCACCUGGUUGGUGACUUCUCCUCCUCGGCCCAGUUCUUCGUCACGGUGGCCGUCUUCGCCUUCCUCUACAGCAUGGCCGCCCUCGCCGUCUACCUGGGCUACCUCCACCUCUACCGUGGGGCGGGUGGGAAGCUGCCGUUGGUGGACUUCUUGACCACCGUGGCCUUCUCCUUCCUGUGGCUGGUGAGCUCUUCGGCGUGGGCCAAGGCCCUCGCGGACGUCAAGACCUCGACGGCGGCCCCCCUGCCCCACUGCCUCCCCCCCGCCGCGACCUGCUUCCCCGCGGGGGUCACCCCCAUGGGGUCCCUCAACGUCUCCGUGGUCUUCGGCUUCCUCAACUUGGUGCUUUGGGCCGGCAGCUCUUGGUUCGUCUACAAGGAGACCAACUUCCACCGCCCGGCCUCGCCGCCUUCCGCCGCCGCCCCCGCCGCCGUGCCGGCUGCCAUGUAACCCCCGCCACGCCCCCCCCCCGUCCUCCCCCGGCGCGGCUCUACGGUGCGUGUUCCCACCACUCCCACCGCCCCACGCUUCCCGUCCCCACCACGUGCUUGUCGCCGGCGCCGUCUUGAGUCCUUCACCGGGGAGAUGCCACCAGAUCCUUUUUUUUUUUUUUUUUUCCGUUUUUUUUCUUU